GCAGCGUCGUUCCGGAAGCAGCGGAAUGUCGGGGGGCGGAGCGUCGAGUCUGGCGUCAGCCGCGGCGUGCGGAGUGAAGUAUCACCGAUAAACACGCGCGUCAUUCACCGUAGCCUGGAUCGGACGCGCCGCUUCUUCUGAUAUGGACGUGUAGCGACGGCUGUAAUCGUUUCUGGUGCUGAAGAGGAUGGGAGCAGUGAGUGGUCACUGGAGGAGAUGUCAUUCGGUCGACUCCUGCGACGUGCAUCCUCCAAAGCCUCUGACCUUUUGACGUUUAACGUGGGCAUGGGAGGAUCACGGACCGUGCUGGAUGGAGAGAUCAUCUUCUCCAAGAACAAUGUGUGUGUUCACCCGGCCGAGCCUCUGCCCGGACUGCCUGAGCAUCACCCAGGUUACCUCUGUGUGCACCUGGAGAAAGACGAGACCCUCGGCUCCACCCUCAUCCUCACCUGGGUGCCCAACUCUCGCAUCCAGCGGCAGGACGAGGAGGCCCUCCGUUACAUCACGCCCGAAAGCUCACCCGUCCACCGCAACCCCCGCCGCCGAGCCCACCGGAGCCACUCUCGUCCACCGCCCACCCCCGAGGAAGAGGAGGAUGAAGAGGGGCCGGAGCCAGCCCUGCAGAACCAGCAGCUUUUGGAAGAGGGCGAUGAAGGCUCGUGCGAGCUCUCUGCGGACGAGGUGAGUCGGGACAGCACCCUUGGCUCGGACUCGGACACCUUCUCCUCGCCCUUCUGCCUGUCGCCGGUCAGCGAGGCUCUGGGCGAGAGCAGCAGCUCCGUCUUCCUGGAUAAUGAGAGCAGGGAGUGCGAUGAACCCAUGGCUCACUCUGCAAGCUCCGCCUCCAGUCUGGACAGCCACGCCCCCUCCGAAAGCAGCCAAUCACAGGGAGUUCGUUGGGAGGAGCAGCAGAAAGUCAUGGCAUUAGAGCAUCUAUGUGGGGUGUUCAGAGUUGACCUGGGUCACAUGAGGUCACUGCGUCUCUUCUUCAGCGAUGAGGCCUGCACCUGUGGCCAGCUGGUCAUCGCCAGCAGAGAGAGCCAGUACAAGAUCCUUCACUUCCACCACGCGGGGCUGGAUAAACUGGCCGAGGUGUUUCAGCAGUGGAAAUGCUGCAGGGAGACGCAGCUCAAAGACCAGGUCUGGAGAUUUGGGGUCUGGCCCGACUUCGGGGGCAUCGACCCAUCCAUCCGUGGUGAAGUGUGGCCCUUCCUGCUGCACUACUACAGCUGUGAAUCCACGUCGGAGGAGCGGGAAGCCUGGAGACUGCAGAAGCGUGUGGAGUACCAGGAGAUCCAGCAGAGGAGGUUGUCCAUGAGUCCAGAGGAGCACAGUGAGUUCUGGAGGAAGGUGCAGUUCACUGUUGAUAAAGAUGUUGUCCGAACUGAUCGAAGCAACAUGUUCUUUAGAGGAGAGAACAACCCCAAUGUAGAAAUCAUGAGACGUAUCCUGUUGAACUACGCCGUGUUUAACCCAGACAUGGGCUACUGUCAGGGCAUGUCAGACCUGGUGGCUCCUCUUCUGACCGAGAUCCAGGACGAGAGCGACACGUUCUGGUGCUUCGUGGGUCUCAUGGAGAACACCAUCUUCAUCAGCUCUCCCAGAGAUGAGGACAUGGAGAGGCAGCUGAUGUACCUGCGUGAGCUCCUGCGGCUGAUGCUGCCUCGCUUCCACCAGCAUCUGACCCGGCUGGGUGAGGACGGCCUUCAGCUGCUGUUUUGCCACCGCUGGGUUCUUCUGUGUUUCAAGCGCGAGUUCCCUGAUGCUGAAGCCCUGCGCAUGUGGGAGGCCUGCUGGGCACAUUAUCAGACGGACUACUUCCACCUGUUCCUGUGUGUCGCCAUCAUCGUGCUGUACGGCGAUGAUGUCACAGAGCAGCAGCUCGCUACAGAUCAAAUGCUGCUGCACUUUAGUAACCUCUCCAUGCACAUGAAUGGAGAGCUGGUGCUGAAGAAGGCACGUAGCCUGCUCUAUCAGUUCCGCCUUCUUCCCAGAAUUCCCUGCAGCUUGCACGACCUGUGUAAACUGUGCGGGCCAGGAAUGUGGGACAGCCGUUACAUCCCUGCCAUAGAAUGUUCCGGAGAGCAUCCCGACUCUCAGAGCUGCCCCUAUGGAGGCACCGCCACCCCCGAGAGCCCAACUUUACCCAGCUCCAACAAGCCCAACGAGGGCAAGAGGGGCUCCAAGACACGAGACAUUUUCACUUUCCGCAAGCACUCCUGACUCCAAGCACGCCUCAGGAACACCGAUACCCAUAAGGCUUAGCCUCUGAGCCGCAUUUCAGGUCUCCAUUGUGUUGUACUCAACGUCUGGUAUGAAUCAUUGCCUUGUGCAUAAAGGGUACCAUUGUUGACAACCUCUUUUAGAGGUUGAGGAACCUAAUCAACUUGCGUUUCAUCAAUAAUUCACAAGUACAAUUAUCACAAACAAUCAAGACUAAGUCUUCAUCCAUCUUUCAUGAAGUCACAUCUUGCGAACUGACAUCUCGGAAUAUUUUUGGCUUUUUUUUUAAUAUCGACAAUGUAUGCAUGUGGUGUUUGUGUUUGGUUUGUUACCACAGUGGAAG